CAACACAAGCAAAUAACAACUCGAAGAAUCCAAGUUGUAGUUCGCCAUCAGCAAUGAUGAAGCUCGUGCUGAUAUUCUCCCUCUUGGCUUUUGCUUCCUCUCUUUGCUUCGCAUCCGACCCAAGCCCACUUCAGGACAUCUGUGUAGCAAUCAAAGACCCAAAAUCUGCAGUCUUUGUGAAUGGAAAGUUCUGCAAGGACCCGAACCUUGCCAGAGCAGAAGAUUUCUUCUACUCGGGCCUCCAGAAGCCUGGGAACACGUCAAACCCGCUCGGGUCGAAGGUCACGGCCGUGAAUGUGGACCAAAUCCCGGGGCUUAAUACGUUAGGAAUAUCUCUUGCUCGCAUCGACUAUGCUCCUUAUGGUCUGAACCCACCUCACACGCACCCUCGUGCCACUGAGAUUCUGGUGGUUGUCGAGGGAGAGUUAUAUGUCGGAUUCGUGACUUCGAACCAGCUUGAGAACAAGCUCUUCACCAAGUACCUCAAGAAGGGAGAUGUGUUCGUGUUUCCUGAAGGGCUGAUCCAUUUCCAACUCAAUAUUGGGAAGACCAACGCUGUGGCAUUCGCAGGCCUGAGCAGUCAGAAUCCUGGAGUUAUAACGAUCGCAAACUCAUUGUUCGGGUCGAACCCUCCCAUCAACUAUAAUGUUCUGACCAAAGCCUUCCAAGUGGACAAGAAGGUUGUGGACAAGCUUCAGGCGCAGUUCUGGUGGGACAACAAUUAGUAUCUUCCUCCAACAGAACCAUUAUUUCGAAGACAUUCAUUAUUGUUUUUUCUUUUUUUGGCCAAAUUCGUUAUUGAAUUUGAUUCGCAAUAAGACAGCAGCUUCUCUAUCCCCCUGCUGCUUCGUGUACCGAUUCUAUAUGAUAACAUAUUUAUAUUUGUCUGCUGUUUUCUUAA